CGAUGAACGUCUUAGUUUCUUUUUAUCUUCUGAACUCUUAGAUUUUAAACAUGACAAGCGUAAACAAACAGGAGUUCAAUAAUCUAUCUCUGGGUCAAUUAUUCAACCUAGGGCAGUCAAUUGCAUCUGAAAUAGAAAAUUCGACAUUAUCAAGUACUGAUCCAGAAUAUCAACAAAAAGUAACUCAGGGUUUAUCAUACCUACAACGCGCUGAUGACUUGAUUUCAAAACUUCAUAUAUUUAGUGACAACGAACUAAUUGAUGAGAUGAGCCCCAGCGAGAUAAAAUUUAUGUUGGUACCAGCAUACUUAGGCGAUCUCACUUUAAAAAAGACAACAGACCCUUCCAAACGAGCAGCAGUGCUUAUGGAAGCAAAAGAAUAUAUACAACGUUUUAUUAAUCAAUGUCAAGAUUACCAACUUGUAUCCAAACAAGAUCUUAUUGUCAAAGACCAACUGACCAACACGGUCAAAUCUUCUAUUUCGGCUAGUCAGCAAAGAGAACAGAAAAUUGCCAGAUAUAAACGUGAAAAGGCUGUUAAAGAGAACAUUAAGGAAUUAAAAGAAAAGCUGAAUUAUAUUGGUGCCAAAUCCGAAGAAGAGAAAGAUAGAGACAUGGAAGACACAGAACGUGAAUUGGCAGAGGCAUUGAUUGAUUUAGAAAUAUUGAAAGCUUUUGAGAGCUGGCAUUCUAUAGAGCAAGAGUUAGUGAUGGUGAAAGAAAUGGAGGAGAUGCGAGAAAUGAUGGAAAGAAAAGGACACAUAAGUGGUGAUACAGUAGAACGAGUACAGGCUAAUAGUCGACAAAAUUGGGGCAGGAAUAAACCACUACUGAACAAACAAGGAAGGCCUCUUCAGCCAUUUGUGAUUCUGAGCAAGCGGGAGCAAUUAAAGAAUCAAGUAUUUGGAUAUUCUCAUAAUUUACCAACAAUGACAAUUGAUGAUUAUCUUGAACAAGAAAGAGAAAGAGGAAAUAUCAUUGAAGGCGGAGGCAAAGAGCCUGAAGAAAAACCACCUAUUGACGAUAAUGACUAUGACGCUCAAGAUGCGGAAACAAUGAAGCAAAGGGAGUGGGACGAAUUUGUGGAGGCGAAUCCUAGAGGUGCAGGCAACCGUAUGAACAAAGGAUAAAGUUCUUCAAGUAAUGGUGCCUGUAAUCUUACGUAAUCAACAGAUCGAAACCAGUCACUAAAUAAAUUAAAACCUUUCUUCAAAUAAAGUUUUUCUUUCCUUUCUUCCCUUCA